GUGUGAUGAAAAGAAGUUACAGAUCAGUUACAGUGUGUUUGGUGCUGCUGUGUGUUCUUCUACUGACUGCAGUCAUAGUGCUGUGUGUCCUCAUCAAUACAAACAAUCACCAGUUUAACAUCAGGAACAAAAACAUCACAGAAGAGAGAGACCAGCUACUAACCAAAUAUACCAACAUCACAGAAGAGAGAGAUGAAUUAAUAACCAAGUGCAAUUAUAUCUCUAAACUAAGUGAACAAUGGAUCCAGAAGAUAAAUGGACUGUUAACAGAUGGAUGGAUUAACUAUAAGUUCAGUUUCUACUUCAUUUCAUCUGAGAAGAAGAACUGGAUUGAGAGCAGAAGAUACUGUAGAGAGAAAGAAGCAGAUCUGAUCAUCAUUAACAACAAAGAGGAACAAGAUUUGUUUAAGAAUAGAUCUGAAGCAGACAGCAUUUGGAUUGGUCUGACUGACAGUGAUGAGGAGGGCAAAUGGAAAUGGGUUGAUGGCAGCACAUUGACCACUAGCUUCUGGGACACAGUUAUACAUAAAGAGCCCAAUGGAAAAACAAAAGAGAACUGUGUUGUGUCUUAUACACCAGGAUGGGCUGAUUUCUCCUGUACUAAAACUUUUAAAUGGAUCUGUGAGAAAAAAUUUUUUAAUAAGUUGUGAAAUACAUGUUAAUUCAGUAAAUUGUGAACACACAAGAGUCCAUCUGUGCAAGCUAAAAUCUGAUGACAAUAUGUAAUCUAAGUCAAAUGUAUAGUUAUUAGAUGAAAAUGGGACAGAUUUACAAAACAGGGCAAAUUAACAUGAGAGCCCAAUCUUAAUA